AUGCUGAAAGCUUGUGCUGUGAAUCCCCAGGGCCUCCAGGGCUCGCACCUCAACCUCUCACAGACCAGCGCACAGCGCAGGAGGUAUUUUCUUCUCAAUAACAAGGCGGUGAUUUAUCCCACGCGGUUUUCUCUUCUCGACAGCGUCUCUGAGCAUUUGGGACUGCACGCCGUCCCGAUCGAGACGCGCGCCGAGAGGCGCUACAUGGUCGACUUCAAUGAGAGCGAGGGCGAGUCGGCUUUCUUGGUUGUGAGAUCAACAAAGGGCGUCUGGUUCGACAACCCCCACGUGUUUCAUCGGAGCCUCGCAAAGGUGCCAAUCAGCUUUUGUUUCGCGGAGGGGGCCCAGGUUCAGACCAAGCUCGGGCCAACGGCUUCCGUCAAGGUCGGUGGCUACUUCGCUUCCAGUGCGGAUUAUGAGGAGUGGUAUCAGCGCCGCCGCGCGAGCCUGACGCUGCCGCCUUUGCUCGGAGCUGAGGCGUGCGGCGUCAAGAACGACGUCGUCGUGAAGGAGGAGGCCGCCGCCGAGGAGGCCGCCUCCGAGGAGGCCGUCGUCGCCGAGGAGUCCGCCACCGAGGAGGCGACCAUCAAGCCCGCCGCCGCCGAGGUGUCCGCCGUCGCCAAGGAGGCCGCCUCCGAGGAGCCCGUUGCCGAGGAGGCUGCCAAGGAGGACACCACCUGCUACCCGGGCCUGCCCACGCCGAAGGCGGCGGGGAAGAGCGGGCCCGCGUCGGCCCGCAGCGACUCCGCACCGGGCUACGUGGACGGCGUCGAGGCUGCAGUCCGCCGGCUGGGCGAGAGCGUCAGCUACCAGGCUACGCCCGGCGACGGCAAGAAGUCGCCGUCGCCGGGAGUCCCCACCUCCGGCGGCAUUGCGCCCGUGGCGCCCAAGCCCCUUGGCGCGGUCGCGGGCGCGGGGCAGGCUGAGGCCGAGGCCGCCAAGGAGCGCGAGCACUGGGAGGGGCGGCUCAAGAAGGCGAAGGCCGCGCUCGAUCUCAUUGCCGAGCGACGGGAGAAGUGGGCGGACUUGCAGUCGCGGCGCUCGAGGAAGCGCCAUUCGCCGCUGGCACGUGCGGCGCCGUCGCUGGCACAUGCGGCGCCGUCGCUGGCACGUGCGGCGCCGGCGGGCGGCUACACGAAGGCCGAGGGCGCCUUCCGGUGGCUGCUCCUCGUCUGCAUGCCCGCCUUUGGCCACUGCGCGUCCGCCGUGCCUAGCCCGACGGCGGUGGCCUCGGCCUUCUCGUCUGCCACCAUUUCGUGGCUCACGGCGGGUCCGCUGCAGGUCGCUGCCACGGUCACUUCCGUAGCCGUGAUCGGCACGGUAAAGUGGCGCCGCAAAUCAAAGGCCCGCCGUUUCGGCUGGUCAAGCUUGCUCGGCAUUCUUCUCUGCUUGGCCACCGCCUUUGGCGGUUUGGUCACCGUCACUGGCGGCACCGCGCUUGUCGCAACCUCAACCGUGCUGCCAGACGUCACUGCGCUCCCGACGAGCCCCGCUACCCCAACCGCGCGCCCGCCGCACCCAAUGUCUUUCUUAGUGCUCCUUGCCUCGGCUGCGCUCGCUGGCGUGGGACAAGCCCAGCAAACCGGCGACUUGAGCGGCUGGGCCACGUCGGCCGACGCCUCGCAGCGGCUCGAAUACUUCGAUGCAGGGGCGCUGCCUUCGCACAAUCGAUUCCGAAAGCAAGAUCCGCGCUUCACGCACACAGAGCGUGGCUUUGUCACGUGGAACGCACUUCGACUGGGUAUCACAGUCGAGGCGGCAUCACUGCGCUACAACACGUCGACGGAAAGCUUCGAUGGUGGGUAUCGCGGCGAUGAGUAUCGCACCUUCUGCGUAUCGGCGUACAAGGCACUCAGCGUCCUCGCCACCGAUGCGCCAUCGGAGAUGUUUGAUUCGUACCGCCUUUUCGCCGCGUACCACACUCUCAGGCUCAUCAGCUACAAUGAUGCCACUCACAGCUGUGCGCUUCCGAUACAUCAGGAGAUGGCCGUCGGGCUCGCCAGUGCCUUUGAUGCAAGCACGCUGAUUGAGAUCGUCGACUUUGGAGCCGGCAUGGCGCAGGAAAGCCGCUGCAUCGCUGAGAUCCUGCGUGUGAAGCACGGGCGCACGGCCAGGCUGCACCUCUUCGACAUCCCGACACCUCGCAAGAGCUUGCUCGACUUCACGUGCCGCAAAUUCGAUGGCUUCCAAUGCAUCGUGCACGACGUCCUCAACUCGACUAAAAUUCCACCUCUUGCUCACGCCGUGUUUGCGACUGAAGUGCUCGAGCACAUGUAUCCGCCCCAAACGAUGGGCUUCCAAGAGGAGCUGGCACGCGCUCUCGUGCCGCGUGGUCUGUUCCGUGGCAACGUCGGAGAUCAUGGGAAGGAGUUCAUGCACGUGAAUCCGAAUACCGCCAAGUCCUGGAUUGGUUGGCUCAAGCAGCAUGCCUUCCGCAAGCUUCGUGGCGGUCUGUACCAACGAAGCGGGACACUCGUGGUGUGA